CGUAUCGAUCGACGAAACGGCCUGGCGACUGGCAGCGUGGCGUGGCCUCCAUCUCCACCUCCUCCCUCCUCCUCCUCCUCUCUUGCGCGCGGUUGCGGCGGGCGGCUGGCACGCGUCGCCCACCAGAGACUUUCUCCCCUCCCCGCCCGCCGACCCUCUAGACUAGGGUUUCGCCUCCUCCCCCGCCGCCGCUCCAUUGCCGCCGCGCCGCCUCGCGCGGCAUUCCAUUCCAGGCUUCAUUCCAAUCCUCCUAUUCUUUCCCUAUCGCUUCACAUCGACAGCAGCAACCUCCAUCUUCUAUCACCAAAAAAGCUCUUCCUUAACCACCGCGAGGGUCAUCUAAACAUGACAACUCACAUAUACCAUAAUUGCAUGUAUUUGUUUUAGGCUCUACUUCAUGUACGAAUAGGUGGGCGUCUUAUUGGUGUACAUCAGCUUCCAGCUACCAUCGUUAUGCUCCCAUUGAGCAAUGCGUAGUACCUGCCGCUCACAAGACUCCACCUUUGCUACUUUUACGACUAUACUAGGCAAUGGCCAAACUCCCAGUUGUUGCAUGCAGUGCAAUUAGGAAACCUAACGAAAGCAUGAGGCUUAUUGUAGUAACAACCGUUGGUGUGGUCUUUGGUUUCUUUGUUGGAAUUUCAUUCCCAACAGUUAGCAUAACAAAGCUUCACUUUCCAUCUAGCAUUGUUUCCUAUAUAAAGGACAGGAACUCAGGCCUGUCAACUCAAGCUAUACUUAAUCAUGCUUGGACUGCGGCCAGGAACGCAAGGGGAAAUGGCUCUGAACCAAACUCAAAUGAUACAUUGAAGAUUUAUGUACCAACAAACCCAAGGGGUGCAGAGAGCCUAGCACCUGGUAUUGUUGUACCAGAGUCUGAUUUUCAUCCCCAUAGGUUAUGGGGAAACCCAGAGGAGGACCUACCCUUCAAGCCAAAGUACCUUGUUACUUUCACGGUUGGCAUUUCACAGAAAGAGAACAUAAAUAGGGCUGUCAAGAAGUUCUCUAGUGAUUUUGCUAUCCUGUUGUUUCACUAUGAUGGCCAAGUGAGUGAAUGGGAUGAAUUUGAGUGGUCAAAGCGAGCUAUCCAUGUAAGCGCCCGGAAACAAGCAAAAUGGUGGUAUGCUAAAAGGUUCUUGCACCCUGAUAUCGUGGCAGCCUAUGAGUACAUAUUUAUCUGGGAUGAGGACCUUGGAGUCAAUCAUUUUAAUGGCGAUGAGUACAUUAAACUUGUCAAGAAAUAUCAACUAGAAAUCUCACAACCUGGUUUAGAGCCAGAUAAGGGAUUGACAUGGCAGAUGACCAAAAGAAGAGGGGAUCGUCAGGUUCACAAGGUUACAGAGGAGAGGGAAGGCUGGUGCUCAGAUCCUCAUGUUCCCCCGUGCGCUGGGUUUGUUGAAAUAAUGGCUCCAGUUUUCUCCAGAGAUGCAUGGAGAUGUGUGUGGCAUAUGAUUCAGAAUGACUUGAUUCAUGGAUGGGGUCUCGAUUUUGCUCUCCGGAAAUGUGUGGAGCCUGCUCAUGAGAAAAUCGGUGUUGUUGAUUCCCAAUGGAUUGUGCACCAAGUGGUUCCUUCUCUCGGGAACCAGGGGCAGUCAGAGAACGGGAGGGCACCAUGGGAAGGGGUAAGAGAGCGUUGCCGGAAAGAAUGGGGAAUUUUCCAGACAAGAAUGGCGGAGGCUGAGAAAGCAUAUUACGAGAUGAUGGGCGUGACUCCUCCAAACGUAACAUUUGUCUCGUAGGAUGAAAUUCUGAUGUUAAUUACACACAUUGGCUUUUUUUGUCCACCAAUAGCCCUUGGAGUAGAUUUAGAUAUUGAUGAUAUAUGUAGAGCACACGAGAUAAUUAUAUAUAUGUUAAUCAAAAUUCGCUGAUCCUUUUUUCCUGUAUAUAUGUUUCACACGGGCUGUUCUUAUCAGGAACUGGUUAUGAUGGUAUUACUUA